CACUUUCUCUUUCACUUCCUCUCAUUCUCUUUCUGUGAACAGUGAACGCGACACAGUCAGCUCCAGAAUGGCUACAUCUUCCUCUAACCUGACCGACCACCUCUGCUGCGCCAUCUGUACAGAGAUCUUCACUGARCCUGUGUCUCUCAGCUGCCAGCACAUCUUCUGUAAGAGAUGUCUUGAACAGAGCCUCCCACGCCGCUGCCCUGAGUGUAGAGCUCCGAUCACGGAGAGAAACUUCCAGAUAAACAGACUGGUCAGGAACAUGGCGGACCAGCUGAGACUGGAGCAGGGUAGACCAGAGAAGACAAGAGGACAAAGACCUACAGGAGAGAGAGGAGAUGAGUGUCCUGAGCACGGAGAAGCUAUGAAGCUGUUCUGUGUGACAGACAGGAAGUUGAUCUGUCUGGUCUGUAAGGAAGGGAGAGACCAUAGAGGACACACAUUCAAACCUGUGAGAGAGGCACAGGAGGAUCUGAUGACAGAAGUGGUCUCAGCAUUAGCUAUACUGAAGGAAGACUUGAACAUAGCGCAACAUACAAGAGAACGUCAACAAAGAAGCAUCUUUAAGACAGUUGAGAAAUCCAGCCAAGUCAAGGAAAAAAUCAGGACCCAGUUUGAGGAAGAAAUCAACAAGCUGAAGCAGAGAGAAGAGCAGGCGAUGAGAGAGAUAGACAGGAGGGAUGGUCUUGUCAAUAUCAAUAUGGAGAAACGUCUGACUAAAAUAAAGAGACACGUGACUGAUGUGAAAAAGAGAGAGACCUCUCUUCAGUCUGGACUGUACAUCACUAACCCCAGGAAGUUCCUUCGGUGGUGGACAGAGAAGGGUCGCGCUACGUGUCAUACAAGGCAGGUUUGUCCAGACGUCUACAAAGCACCCAUGGUGGAAAAACCAACGCAAUCUGAGGGCUGUGAAGAUCCUGACACCCGUGUGCAUGUUGUUAUUGGCAGGAGGGAAUCAAGAAAAGCCUUGAAUGGAAAACCUAUUUUAUUUCGAUAAUGUGCAUAUUUAUAUUCCAAAAUCUCAGUUUACUUUGGCGCCAUGUUCAAAAAUGCCUCCAAAA